AACUCCCACCAAAGCUGACUCAUGUGAACUCUUCCUGGAAGUGUGCAGUCCUGAAGACAGGCCGGGCAGCCCCAGUGGCCUAGGGAUUGGAAUGAUCUUUAAUGAUUCAGGUGUUGGGGACCCUGAGGAAAUUUGCCAGUGCAUCCUGGCUGUGUCAGCAUUUCUCAGCAGAACGCAUUGAGAAGAAGGCAGAGAACAACAUGAAGAGGAAGAAGGAGGAGCUAAAGGAGCGCCUCAGUGCCUGGGACUGUCCUCAUGGCCCAGUUGGUUUACACAACAUUGGACAGACCUGCUGUCUUAACUCCCUGAUUCAGGUAUUAAUUAUGAAUGUGGGCUUCACCAAGAUAUUGAAGAGGAUAACAGUACCAAGGGGAACAGAAGAACAGAGGAGAAGUGUUCCCUUCCAGUUGCUCUUGCUACUGGAGAGGAUGCAGGACAGCCGGCAGAAAGCAGUGCAACCUAUGGAGCUUGCCUACUGUCUCCAGAAGUACAAUGUUCCAAUGUUUGUCCAGCAUGAUGCUGCUCAACUCUACCUCACAGUCUGGAACCUAAUUAAGGACCAAAUCACAGAUGUGGACUUGGUAGAGAGGCUGCAGGCCCUGUAUACAAUCCAGGUGAAGGAGUCCUUGGUUUGCCUUGAAUGUACUGUGGAGAAGAGCAGAAACAGUAGCAUGUUGACCCUCCCCCUUCCUCUUUUUGAUAUGGACUCAAAACCCCUGAAAACACUGGAGGAUGCCCUUCAAUGUUUCUUCCAGCCCAGGGAGUUAUCAGGCAAAAGCAAAUGCUUCUGUGAGAAAUGUGGGAAGAAGACUUGUGGGAAACAGGUCUUGAAGCUGACCCAUUUGCCCCAGACCUUGACAAUCCACCUCUUGCGGUUCUCCAUCAGGAAUUCUCAGACAGAAAAGAUCUGCCACUCACUCGAUUUCCCCCAGAGCUUGGAUUUAAGUCAGGUCCUUGUGAUUGAAGAAGACCUCUGCAAUGCUGAGGAACAACUUGGAAGACAGUACGAGCUCUUUGCUGUGGUUGCCCAUGUGGGGGCAGCUGACUUUGGUCAUUACUGUGCCUAUAUCCAGAACUCUGUGGAUGGAAAAUGGUUCUGCUUCAACGAUUCCAAUGUUUCUUGGGUAUCCUGGGAAGACAUCCAGUGUACUUAUGGAAAUCAUAACUACCGCUGGAGAGAAACUGCUUAUCUUCUGGUUUACAUGAAGAUUGAGUCCUAAUGGAUGUUUCCUAAACCUUCAGAGACUGACAGUGUUUCAUUUUCCUUUCUAUCCCUGGAUCUGCUACUCUUGCAAGAGAUUUUGCAGUGAGAAGAAGGCUCAUUUUCAAAUUGUGUAGUCAAACUAUUUGUAAUAAGGGGUAAUUAUCAAAAUAUUUAAUAGUAACUUUGCAGGGGUUUUGAUCAGUCAGAAUAGACACUUCCACGUGGAUCCUGGCCAUAUGGCUGGGGCAGGGACCUGAGUGCUCUCCGCUGUGGAAGACAUUAAUUCUUUAGUUAGGGGAGUGCGGGAGCUCAGAUGUUCCUAGGGGAGGAGAAACCAGGCCAACAAUGGUAGUGGGAGGCAUUCAGGUGGCAAGGAGCAUUGGUAGGGAAGUAUUUCAGUAUUUUACAGCCAGUAUGAUGGUAUGAUAUGUACUGGCAGAAUAUGAUUUUUCUUUAAUUUAAAACAAUUUUAGAACCCAUAUCAGUUCUGUAAAAGUCAAGUGUUUUGUCACUGUUAUUCAUUUAUGUGACAAAUAAGAUAGUGUGGUAGGCACCAUCGUGAAUAAAGUUCUUUUUCUCAAAAGUA